AUGUCUUCCUCUCCACGCCGACUGCUGCCCCUCCCACUCGUCUCGCUCCUCUGGGUCGCCCUCGGAACAGCUACAAUCCCACAAGACUGCCAAAAGUACGACACCAUCUCCAGCUUCGCGAACCCUCCUCUGUCCGAAGGGAAGCAUGCGCUACCCUACCAACGCCCCGAGCCGAGAUGUCGGACCUUUAACUCGACGGAAGUCGAAAACGUAAUCGAGCAGAUGAGAAAGGAGAUAGUAGAUCCCGAUCUGUUUCGGCUCUUUGAGAAUACCUUUCCAAACACGCUGGACACGACUAUAUCGUGGAAAGGAUUCGCCAAAGAUGACCCCGAAGAAGACUUGACUUUUGUAAGAACCGGCGACAUCAACGCCAUGUGGCUCCGCGAUAGCGCCAACCAGCUCCAAAGCUACAAGUCUCUCCUCAAACCCAACUCGUCCCCCGACUCCCUCGCCUCCCUCUUCCGCGGCGCCAUCAACCUACAAGGCCGCUACAUCCGCGAAUCGCCCCACUGCAACGCCUUCCAACCGCCCUUGGAGGCGAGCCUCGGGCCCGAAUACAAUGGGUGGGUAACCUCCGACUUCGUGGUCCCGCGUUUCUCUACAGAUUUCGUGUUCGAGUGCAAAUACGAGCUCGAUUCGCUGGCGGCGUUCUUGCAGUUGUCGCACGAUUAUUACAGCCAAACGAAAGAUGUCGGCUUUUUCAAGAAGACGAGGUGGAAGGAUACCAUUUCCAUCAUCGUGGAGACUACGUCGGAACUGCUUACGGGGACCUACGCCUCGGAUGGGACGAUUAACAAGUCGCCGUAUAUAUUCGAGCGGAAGACGAAUAGGGCUUCGGAGACGAUGUCGAAUGAAGGCGCGGGGGCGCCCGUGAAGAGCAAUACGGGGUUGAUACGGAGCUUUUUUCGGCCGUCGGAUGAUGCGUGCACAUUUCAGCUUUUUAUUCCCGCGAAUAUGAUGUUCUCGAGGUAUCUUGCUGCGUGCGCGGAGAUUAUGAGGGAGAUUGAUGUGGAAGUUGCCGAGAAGAUGGAUGGGUUUGCGGGGGUUGUGAGGGCGGGCGUGGAGAGGUAUGGGAAGUUUAAGCAUCCGGAGUUUGGCAAGAUGUAUGCGUACGAGGUGGAUGGAUUCGGGAGUCGUUAUCUCAUGGACGACGCCAACAUACCGAGUCUUCUAAGCGCCCCGAUGCUCGGCUACGUCGACAUGAAAGACCCCGUGUAUCUGAACACCAGACGCUUCGUCCUCAGCACCGAGAACCCGUACUUUAUGUAUGGGCCGGUCCUCAAUGCGACCGGCGGUCCCCACAUCGGACCGGGGAUGGCGUGGCCUAUGGCCCUGAUCGUGCAGUUGCUGACUUCGGAUAAUGAUUUCGAGAUUGAGAUGGGAAUCCGGCAGCUGCUGUCGUCGACGGAUAAUCUUGGACUGAUGCAUGAGUCCAUCCAUGCUCAUGACCAGCAUCGGUGGACCAGGUCCUGGUUUGCUUGGGUGAACGGGCUAUUCGGACAGAUGAUUCUGGAUUUGAGGGAAAGGAAGCCGCAUCUUUUGAGGCUCACCUACCAGUAG